AUGAAGAGCCUAAACCGGCUAAAACAAGAAAUCUUUCAAUGGAAACACAUGCCAAUCCAUGGAAAUCUUGUUCGCUACUACGACUCCGAGAUAUAUAAUGAAGAAAAUUUGGUCCGAGGCGUCAUAAUCACGGAGCAUUGUGAUGGUGGUCUUCUCUCGGAUGUCGUAACACAGACCUAUCCGCAGACGUUUUCUGAAAAGAUGCUACUCGCCAUUUUGCGUGACGUAGCCUGCGCUCUGUUUGUUCUCCACACGGAAGACCCUCCCGUCAGCUAUCGCAACGUCAAUCCCAAUUACAUUUAUGUCCAUGCGAGUGGUCGUUGCAAACUGGAAGCUGCGCGUUCUAUGACAUCCAACAUGAUCGUAUUUGCGUUUCCGACUCUGAAUGUGCAGACUCCCCACACCAUGGAAGAAUCUCGCAUCGUGGAGCAACAGCUCGAGUUGGUGGCGGAUCCCGCCUAUUUUCCCCCCGAAUUUUGCGAUCUCACCUCGAACUCGAAGCACCGCAAGAUUUCGGAGAAGGUGGACGUGUGGGAACUGGGCAUUCUCAUGUACUAUCUGGCCUUCUUCUCGACACCCUUCGAAUCCGUCGACGGAAAGAUCGAUACGCGAUCGCUCAUCGCGGGCCGCUUCACCUUCCCCGCCAACGAGGCCAAGAAAUACUCCGCGGAGUUUCUCGAGAUCAUCCGUCGCCUGCUCACCGCCGACGUGAACAAACGGCCGUCGAUUGUCGACGUGGUGGUGAAGGCCUCGGGGUUCACGCGCUGGCGGAUGACGCAGGAGGCCUCGGCCGUGCUGGACUACGCGCAGCAGCAGCGUCGAAAGCCUGUGCAGCCGAAGCCUCAAAGCAAGAAAGCGACGCUGACGAGGCCGAAAUCGACGUCGGUUCCGCGCGAGCGAUCGAACAAACUGCAAGUCACGAAGCCGGCGCAGCGCGGCAGCUCCGGAAAGAGCACGUCUUCUGGGAAAUACUCGACGUCGCUGGAGCUGAGCGACUCGGAUCUGUCGUCGAGCAGCGACGUGGAUGAUUUGGUGCAGCAGAAGCGCGAGGCAGGCGAGAUGACGGACCGGAUCCGCACGUCGAUGCUGCAGUACUUCGGAGGGAAGAAGAACCACACGCGGUGGGUGCUGAAGUGCACGUCGCGCGUUCCCGAGCCGCCGCCGCGCCGAUCGAUGAAGAAGAUCGCGAUCGCCGCGUACGAGAACCACUCGAUCGACUUCUAUUUCUCGCUCUUGUCGAAACGGCCGCUGUUCGCGAGCGAAAUCGUCGCCGUGAAGGCGCUGACCACGACGCUGUGCGUGUUCCAGCUGAGCACGCAGGAGGUCGUGUACCAAUCGUUCAAGCACGUGUCGCUGCUCAAAGAGAUCUCGACGCGCUGGAAAAUCGUGGAAGAGAGCGAGGACAAGCGGAAAGACAUGAACUGGGCGCCGUUUAUCUCGCGCUUCGCGAACAUUCUGACGAACAAGGUGUACUUCCUGAACAAAUACACGGAGUUCGGAAUGAACUACGCGCUCGUCGAGGGCGCCGAGCUCGACGUCGAGGACCAAGUCAACGUCCCCGCGCGCCUCUCCACGCUCCUCGCCAAUCUCAACCUGGCGCUGCGCUGGGCGCUCGCCAACACGGACCCGGUGAUUAAUGGAGCGAUCCGCCCGAUGAUCGAAGAGGCUCACUCGAUCUAUCUCUCGCUCACCGUGGUGAUGGCCGAUCUGCUCAGCAAGAACGACGAGCCCGACAUCGUGCAGUCCACGCUGGCGCGCUACGAGGAAGAGCGGCUGGCGCUCCGCGAGAUCAUCAUGCGCGCGAAGAACAUCCAGGAACUCAAUCUCUUCGACGACAUUCCGAGCAUUCCCGCGAAGAGCCCGCUGGAGAAGCAUCCGCGGCGCGCGCGUGCAGCGGCGCGGAAGAUCCUGGACAGCUUUAUGUCGGUGGGGGACAACGACAUGCUGGAAGAAGCGGAUCUGGACGAUGAAGACAGCGGGUCGUCGGACAACGAGGAGAACGUGCACCUUCUGGGCUCGCUGUACAAGGUCACCGCGAAGGGAGCGAUCGUCCCGCUCAUCGGCACGGUGGGAACGCAGCGCGCGGAGGAGAACACGCGGCAGGCGAUGAAGAAGGUGCUGAUCCGGAAAGAGAACAAGGUGUGCGUGGAGUGCGGCCGCGCGCCGGUCAAGUAUUUCUCGGUGAAUCUGGGCGUGUUUCUCUGCGCGAUCUGCCAGAAGAUCCAUCAGCAGCUGGGCGAAAGCAUCAGCGAGGUGCACAGCACGACGGCGAAAGUGCUUCGGCCGGAGUGGGUGGCGGCGGCUGCGGAGAUUGGGAACAAGAAAGCGAAGGCGUUCUGGGAGAAUCGGCUGCCGGAGGAGAAGCGACCGGCGCUGGACGCGUCGCCGAGCGCGUGGGCGUCGUUUUUGAAGCAGAAAUACAUCCAGCGACUGUGGAUUCCGGUGGUGGUGAAGUAG